GUGACGUCACUGUGCGACACAGGAAGUGAUAGUUUCAUACCAAAACAACCAGGAGACUCUGCCUUAUUCUACGUCAUAUUUAGAAAAAUGGGAGUAAAAGGUCUCCAGUAUUUCAUGGAGCGCUGCUGUCCAGAAUCCUGCGUAACUGUCGACCUGAGAGAAAUGGUCAAACAACAUGUUCCCAAAACAUCUGACAACACUUCCAGUCCCACACUUGUUGUGGAUGGGAUGGCCUGCCUGCGCCACUGGUACUUGUGUAAAGACUGGGUGUGUGGGGGUCAGUGGAACGAGUACAUGAGCAUCCUGAGGCGCUGGGUGGAGACAUUCACGUCUGUAGGAAUUCGUCUUGUCUUCUUCUUUGAUGGCUUGGUUGAGGAGAAGAAGAGACAUGAGUGGGUGAAGCGAAGACGAAGAGUAAACGGGGAGGUGUCUAAACUAUUCCGUUACAUUAAGUUACAUGGAGAACAACCAGGCAAAUAUCUCUUCACUCUUCCCUCUGGCUUGGCAACAUUCACACGCUUUGCCCUCAGGACAUUAGGUCAGGAUGUAUUUUGCUCAGUGCAGGAGGCUGACUAUGAGAUUGCCUGUUACGCCCGUCGCCAUGGCUGCAUGGGCAUUUUGGGACAGGACUCAGACUUCGUCAUAUAUGACAGUGUUCCUUACUUGUCAGUGGCAAAACUGCAGUUAGACCGCCUCACCACCGUCCUAUACGACCGAGAGAGGCUUUGCCGAGCCAUUGGAUUGGAUGUUUCUCAGUUACCCCUACUGGCCUGUCUACUCGGUAACGAUGUGGUGCCAGAGGAGCGCAUGCAAGCUAUCAGGAACAGUGCUAUGACAGCAUACAGGAAACCGUAUGACACAGCCCACUCUGGAGCUCCCCAGAGGCAGAUGGUGUUAGCUGUAUCCCAGUUUGUCAGCUCUUUGUGGGGCAGAGAGGAGGAAGAGAGAGGGCUUAUUCCUCAGACUCUGAAACUAACAGUUGCAGACAGACAGCUCCUGGAAAAAGGGAUUUGCUCCUAUUUACUAGCUGGACCGGAAGCUUCUCAGCGGGAUGCCCUACCUCCUAUAACCUCUACCUUUGAGAAACGUGUCAGUCCAGAAAUAUUAAAGGCUUGUGUAGAAAAGCAUGUGUCGGCAGAGGGUUUCAUGGUUUACAAUGUCGUGUGUGAAGGAGUGAUUGACUGUAGCAAUAGUCUGGAGGAUGAGGAGGAUCGUGAACUGGUGCCGCAGGCUGUUGUCUACAAGUCCUGCAGACAACGGAUUUAUGGUUUGCUACUGCUCAACAGGCAUGAUGACAGCACUGUGGAACCUCCUGCCAUCAGAGAGUGGUUUGUCUAUCCAGGCAACCCUUUGAAGGAGCCCGACAUGGUCCUCCCCAUCCCAAUUUGUAUCGCACGUGAACAGCCCAGUCUUGACUUGCUGUGGUUCAGCUCCGGGCCUGAAGUUUCCGCCCUUCGGCUUAUGAGCUUUCUUUCAAUAUUUGACUGCCAGGAGCUUGCAGAGAUGUAUGGAGUUGUUGAAGACUUUCUCCUGGCUGCUCUUUGUCUGGUCACCUACGUUGCCCUCCAGGUACCAUCUUUAUGUUCAGAGGACGUGGAUGCUUACCUGAGUCAGGCUGUGUGUCUGAGGCUAACAACUCUGCAAGAGCUUCAACAGAUAAAGCUGCCAUUCCUCAGCAGUCGAGCAGUCCAACUGGGCUCUCUCUACGUCCGGGGACUGAGCUACCUGCUUGGGGCCAACUGUGCCAGUGGCUGCCCACUGCCCAACACUGCCCUCAUGCCUUGGCAAAGCUUCGAUGGACAGCUCUUCCACUCUAAGUACCUGCUGGCACAUAGUGGCACUGAGCAAAUGGUGCUUCUGGACAACCUUCCAUCCAGUCUGGCCGUGUUUCUCCAGCUGAGAGAAAAACAUGUAGAAGUUUGCAUGAAGAGAAACAGAGUCUUGCAGUCGCGCCCCAGAGCUAGUUUGCUUGAACGAAGUCAUAGUCCCCGAUACAGAGACGGACACACAGCUGGUGUUGACAACUGCCCGGAUAGGGGCGAGGCGUCAGGAGGAUGGAGGAGGGGGAGCAGACAGCGCGGUGGUGGAAACAACAGAGUCAAACUACAGGAGAGACCUGCACACAGAGGAAGAGGAGGAGGAGGCCAAUAUUCCCACCCUCGCUUUCAUCCUCCCUCCUUGGAUGGCAGUGGUCAGAACUUGAGCUCUCUGUCAGAGCAUACCCGGAGUGGAUGGCGUCCCAGCAGAGGGCGAUACCAGCUGGCUCCCAGCCUCCUGCUCCCGGAAUGUAACUCCACCCUGACAGUGAGGAGAGGAGCAGAGGAUUAGAGCACAGGACUUGAAGAGUUAAGAGGGUAGGAAAGUGCUGAUGAAAGGAAUCACGGAAUCAAGUUUCUCUGAACAAACUGAUUAGCUGUCAAGAAUGUUUGUCUAAAGGAUGCUGAAGGUGAAAAUAGGGGGAUUAAGCAGACAGAUUUGAUUAAGAACUUGGAAAUGAAUUAACAACUUUUGAAAUUUGUCACGUUGGACUUUUUUUUUAAGAAAAUGAAAAAGUUGCAUCUUUUGUCACUGUUCAAACUUGCUGUGACAGAAAACAAAAUAGAACGGAAACAAAUGAAGCCACUUGAAGCAUAUUUUCUUCUGAAUUUUAAAAUUAAAAUUUAAAAGCAUGCACUGAAAAGAGGAUUCAUGCUUAAUCCUCAAAACUGUUUUUAACGUUGAGCGGGACGCAUUACCACAUAGAGUCCAUUAAGUCCACCUAAUUGAUCAACUUAAACUAUUCCAAUAAUUUGACAAACACUUUUAAAUUCAUACUAAAGAUGAUUUUUGGAAAAUAUUUCAUUUGGGCACUGAUGAACAAAAUCACUUGUAUGGUACAGUGACAAAACAAAAUGCGAAAAUUUAAUUGUUUUUUGUCAGAUUGGUUUGAUGCAAAAAGCAAUGCACUAGAAUUUUCAAAACUGGUGUAAUUUGAGGCAAGCGUAGUCCCUAAUGUUUAAAAUAAUAAAAGUUUACUUUCCAAAAAUCUAUUUCGCCAUGCUGAGGUGCUUUGUGUGCUGGCAAUGACUGAUCACCGUAAUUCGUGUCUGCGGUCAUAGGAACGGAACUCCAUCCCCCCGUCCUGAAUGACCGACCUGUACUACAGAAGAAAAAUCAAAACAGUAUGUGGGUAUGUAGGCUAGGGAUGCCACAAUACAAUAUAUGGAAUUCCCGAAUUAAACUCCGCUAGUAAGCACGUUAACACAAUGGUCAAAUGAAACAUUUUAAUAUAACCAACAAGUAACUGACAUAGUCAUUUUGAAAACAUUGCUUCUGGAUGAGGGUGGGGCCUUGGAGAAUCAAAUUGAUUGAUGAAAUGUAGUGAAACGUCACUACUGGUUCCAUUGGCUUGGUGAAAGAGAGUAAUGUGACAGCGCCUGAGGUGGAAGUCGCUUUGAAAUAUAAUAGUCUCGCCGGUCAAUAAAAGAUGGAUACAAAUACACAUAGCGAGUAUAUUAGCGUAAUGUAGCUAAGUGUGAUGGCGUAAACGUAGUGUUUCUUCUUAACAUAAAUACUCAUGUAUAAGUACACAGUAUGUUGCAUUAAAAACUGUUCUGACAUUUUUUCCAAAAGGUUACUGAAGUAACUAAUGGAGUAAAUGUAGCACAUUACUACCUACCUCUACUCUUUGAGAGACAGAGGGUGAUAGGUGGGGUAGGCUAGACGCCUACAUAACUAGAGUGAAGUGGCUCUGUUUAGCUACUAACUAAUAUGAAGAGACAGGAUGUAUUCUGUGGUGAAGCAAAUGAGAGAAGG